AUGACGCCCGAAUUGGUUCGUCAGAUACACCUCCUCGCGAGAAGCCAAGGCGCGCCGUGUUUCCCGCAAGGCGGAGGCUGGAACACUCGUUCCGACCGAACCGACGAGCGGGGGAAUGGCGCCGGAAGUGGAGUUAGCGCUUCCUCCACGAUCGCAGCAGCAGCCUCCGCAGCGGCGAAUCAUAACCAGCCUUCGAGCACUUUUGCCGACCGCAAUGGCUCAUUCGGGAACCUCCCUUUUUCGCUCUCGGAGAGGGAGAUGGCGGUCGGCUUACCUGGUGGUACGACUGCUACUAUUCGCGGAAUUUUCGAGCAGCCGGCGCGUUCUGAUUAUCUGUUGCAAACUCAACAUCCAUCCGCGCCGUUCAAGUCGUUCGCGCCGUUGGAUCCAUGUGCUCCAGUCGCUCCAUCCGCGCCGUCCGCCCAGUUCGCGACCUCCCGAGGCUUUUCCGCCUUCCAGCAGCCCUCAGGCUUUCCGCCGCUCGCUGCGGCGGCGGAAACAGGCCAACCCCGCGCAAGGGCGUACUACCGCUGCGCAGCCAGCUCUCCCCACCACCGCUCGGCAGGGUCCGCCCCGUGCCCCGCGCGCAAGGUGGUGAACUCACACCCUCUGCGCCCCUUCGACCUGAGCGCUGUCACUGUGGAGUAUCUUUCCGAGCACAACCACCCUGUGGAGGGAGGGCGCGUGGUUGUGCGUGACUAUAAAGGGCGCCGGGUUCCUCUUGCUGGGGAUGAUGGUGCUGCUGGUGGUGAGGAUAGGGUGAUGGUGGGGAGUGCUGAUGUCAGCCCAGCCGUUGCUGCUGAUGGCGAAGCCUGGACUGCCGCGGGUGGUGGUGCUGCUGCUGCUGCAGCUGCUGCUGCUGCAGGCGAUGACAGGCACCUCCUGCGUGAUUCUUCCUAUUUAACUCUCCCCCCUUCUCCUCCCCAUCGCCCCACCUCCCCCCCUCCUCCAACCCCUCCUUCUCCACCCCCCCUCCCUUCUCCCCUGCUUCUAGCUUUUCCCCGCCCUCCCGAUCUCUCCCCACUUCCCCCGCCCUCCCCCCACCCAACCAACCCCCCCUUUUCCGCGCGCAGUUAUUACUCCGUGGACGUGUAUUACUCGGUGGACGUGUGGAAUCGGGUCACUUUCUUUGAGGCGCCUCAAAGUUCGUUCCCCCACCCUCUCCCUCCUCUCCCCGUUUCUCCCCCGUUUCUCCCUCCCCCCCCCCCCCCCUUCUUCCCUCCCCCCCGCGCCUCCGUGCGCAGCUAUUACUCGGUGGACGUGUGGAUCGGGUCCCCACCGCGCAAGUUCUCUCUCAUGGUGGACACGGGGAGCGCGCUCACCAUCGUGCCCUGCUCUUCCUGCUCGCCGUGUGGCGCUCACAUGAAUCCACCCUAUUCCCCCUCCGCCUCCGCCUCCUACCUCCCCGUGCCCUGCCGCGGAGGUUCCUGCGCGGGGAACCGCUGCGACCGCCAGCAGCGGUGCGCGUACUCGCGGCGAUACGCUGAGGAGAGCACCAGCGACGGCUUUCUCUCCUCCGACCUCGUCUCCUUCUCCCCUCCGCCUCCCCCUCCCGCGCCCGCCGCCUCCGCCGCCGUCCCAAAGGAGAAGCGCGCUUCCGCGCACGAAGACCCCCGGCCUUCCGCUUCCUCCUCCUUUUCGUUCUUCUCCUGGUGGUGGUGGCCGUUUUCCCCCUCCCCUUCCGCCGUCGCUUCCGCCUCUUCCGCGUCCGUCUCCCCCUUCCUCCUCCGCCCAUGCGCAAGCCUCCUCCGCUUCCCCCUCCUCUUCCUCGAUAUCUUCCGCGCAAGCCAGUCUUCCGCUCCAGGCCCCGUUCCGCCCCUUCCGCGCGUGCUAUUCGGGUGCGCGGAGGCGGAAACUGGCGCGCUUUCCCGCCAAGCGGCGGACGGCGUGCUGGGGCUCGGGCGGGGGGCGUACAGCCUGCUGGCGCAACUAGUGAGCGCGCGCGCAGGUCGCCGCGGAGGUCUUCUCCAUCUGCUACGGCGGAGGGGGGGGCGCAGCGGAAUCCGCGGAACUGGCAAAAGGCGCGGGGAACGAGGGGAGUGGCUGGGGAGUGUGGCGGCGGAAAAGGGGGGAUGGGGAGUGGAGGAGGGAAAGGCGGAGGCGGGGCGGGAGGGGAGGGGGAAAUGGGGAGGGGACGAUUUGCGCGCAUCUGAGUGGGUGUUUGCGUAUAGGCACGCCCUUUUACCAGGUGGUGGUGUCCAAAUCCGCAAAGCAGGGGAUCCUCUCCCCGUGGAGGACGCCCCGCUGCUAUUCUCCUCCGCUGUGGUGGUGUCCCAAAUCCGCAAAGCAGGGGAUCCUCUCCCCGUGGAGGACGCCCCGCUGCUAUUCUCCUCCGGCUGUUUGCUGGCUGCUUGCUCUCCUCUCCCUCUCCCCCCACGCCCUCACCCCCAGAGGCACGCCCUUUUACCAGGUGGUGGUGUCCCAAAUCCGCAAGCAGGGGAUCCUCUCCCCGUGGAGGACGCCCCGCUGCUAUUCUCCUCCGGCUGUGGUGGUGUCCAAAUCCGCAAAGCAGGGGAUCCUCUCCCCGUGGAGGACGCCCCGCUGCUAUUCUCCUCCGGCUGCACGCCCUUUUACCAGGUGGUGGUGUCCCAAAUCCGCAAAGCAGGGGAUCCUCUCCCCGUGGAGGACGCCCCGCUGCUAUUCUCCUCUCGGCUGUUUGCUGACUGCUUGCUCUCCUCUCCCUCUCCCCCCCCCGCCCCUCACCCCCAGAGGCACGCCCUUUUACCAGGUGGUGGUGUCCCAAAUCCGCAAAGCAGGGGAUCCUCUCCCCGUGGAGGACGCCCCGCUGCUAUUCUCCUCCGGCUGUUUGCUGACUGCUUGCUCUCCUCUCCCUCUCCCCCCCCGCCCUCACCCCCAGAGGCACGCCCCAGGUGGUGGUGGUCCCAAAUCCGCAAAGCAGGGGAUCCUCUCCCCGUGGAGGACGCCCCGCUGCUAUUCUCCUCCGGCUGCACGGCCCUUCUAUCAGGUGGUGGUGAGUCAAAUCCUUAUUGGGGGAGACCCUCUCCCCGUCGAAGACGCGCCGCUGUCUAUUCUCCUCGGGUUACGGCGUCCGUGGUGGACAGCGGCACCUCCUUCUCCUACCUGCCGGCGCCGCUCUUUGAGGCGUUCAAGCACAGCGUGAUGGCGCGCGUGGCGCGGGGAGUCAAGAUGCUGACGGAUACAGAGCCGCAGUACCAGAGCAUGUGCUUCCGCUCCACCACCUGGACUGCUCUGCAAGCCUCUACGCUGGCGUCCUUCUUCCCGUCGGUGGAGGUGGUAUUCGGGGAGGGCGCCAUCUACCGCCUGGACCCAGAGAACUUCCUCUUCCAGCACCGCAAGCACCCUGCUACCUCCCUCACCACUCCCCUGCUGCCCCCUUGGGAUUGCCCCACACCUACCCCUCGUCUCGUCUCCCUGCAGGCAAGCCUCCACGCUGGCGUCCUUCUUCCCGUCGGUGGAGGUGGUAUUCGGGGAGGGCGCCAUCUACUCGCCUGGACCCCGAGAACUUCCUCUUCCAGCACCGCAAGCGCAGCGGCGUCUUCUGCAUUGGGGUGUUCCCCAACCCCGACCAGGGCACUAUUCUUAGGCGGUCUCAUGUUUCGCAACACCAUGUUGACCUUUGACCGGGUCAACGACCGCCUUGGCUUUUGGAAGACCCCCUGCGACCAGCUCAUGACCCACAUUGUGUCGCCUGGCGCGCCUGGUUCGGAACCAGGUCCGGAGCCAGGUUUGGGUGCAGGUUCGGAAUCUGGGUCUGGAUUAGAGGAGGAAGGCUCGGAUAUACGGCCUGCAGCAAGGACAAUGAAUCCGUUAGGGAGGGGCAGGGAUCCUCGGGACCCGUACACAGAGGAGCAGGCUCGGUCAGGUGGAGGUUCGGCAGCAGGCUUGGGUGCAGGCACAGGUGGACCCAAGCCUGACGUUGGCACCCACCCAAGCAGCAUUACCACACAGGAUGCCACUACAAGGGGUGUGUCUGCCAGGGAUGUGACUGUAAGAGGCGACAGCAGCAGCAGCAGUGCGACCAGCAGAAGCAAGCGGGCGCCGGAUGCAGGGCCAGCAGGCAGCGAUGACGACAUGGCGAUGGUGUGGGCUGUAGCGGAUGCCAUGCCAUCAUACCGCCCGGUGGACUCCACGGGGUGUGCGGGGUGCGCCAGCCACGUUGACAUGGAGCUGCGGUUUCCGUUGCUCUCGUCCGCACAGCUGGACGCGCUGGAGGGGCAGCUGACUGAUGAGCUGAUCCGAGAAUUAUUGCUGGAGCCGGGACAGGUGGUGAUUCAGAGUGUGUGGGGCACGAGUCCCAGCGGGGCAGCAGCGGAGGUGUGGCUGGUGCCGUAUGCCGGCACCACCUUCCUGCCCGCCAUCACAGUGCAGCGCGUCAACUCCACCAUUCGCCAGCACGCCAUGCACCUGUCGCCUGCGUUUGGCCCCUACAAUCUCAGCUCAUUCAACGCGCCGCCGCCUGACUUCUCUGGCAGCGCGGCUCAAUCCCAUUCCAAGCCGCAGCUGCGGUGGCUGUGGUUCCUCGUCGCAAUCCCCCUCUUCCUCCUCUGCAUCGCUGCUGCCGUCUGGUUCCGAGUGGGGCGAAAGGAGGGGGAGACCGAGGCCGGGAGGAAGAGAUUUGUGACGGUGGGGCGGCGGUUGCAGCAGGAGGCAAUGGAGAGUGAGAGGAGCGAGAGGAUGGAGAGGCAUGAUAGAAUAGAGCGGUUUGAGCGGCAUAAUAAGAUGAUUGCGCUGACUGCCCAAGGGUCUGGCUCGUCGCCGAAGCAAGUUCCUGGGUUUGGGUUGAUGAGCGGGAGUGUACAUUGA